CAAGCCUGGGAGCUGGAGGGAGCGAGAGGGAGUGAGUGACCAACCCAGUUCCAAUUGCUGGCUGAAUCUUUGCGUUUUUCCGCGUUUAGUGUUAGAAUUUUCCGCUUGGGAGCUGUCAACACCACGCCUGAUGACGUCUACGCACGCCCACGAGUAGAUAAGCUUUGUUGCCCUUGGCCGAUGCCACCGCCUACAUAAGAAAAAGAGAGAGAAAGAAAAAAAAAAAGAACGUGCUAAAGCAUGUAGGGCAACCAGACGUCUAGACACACGGAAGCAGGCAGGGGGGCUCAGAAUUGGCUGCGAGUCUGUUACUGAUUUGAAAACACAAAUGAAGCAAAGUAUUAUGCCACCCUUCCUGUGAUGGAACACUGAUUCGACAGGCAAAAAUGAAAACUGAGAAUCCAGAGAAAAGUGAGAUGCACGGCGUGUGUGUGGUGGACGCUGGCGGCGCCCCAUACACUAAGCCCCACAAGGUGAAGGUGUUGGUACAGAAACGUGGCUGGUGGUGGCGCUGCGUGCCCCUAGUCGCCUGCAAGCAGGUAGUAGCCUUCACCUUCCCCUGGGAGAAGUACUGCAUGUCUACCUGCAAAACCUACAUCUCGCUGCCGGCACCCCUGGACAUGGGCCGCCUGCAGGAGGCACGGCGCAGGUCAGGGGACGCCGUGGUGAAGAUGGUGAUGACGCACACCGGAGGGAAGGUCGUCACCCUCACCACGGUGGAGAACUUCCUGCGGCGGCUAGCGUGGAAGGAGGCAGAAGAGGUUGUGUUACACCUGAGCAUUGACGAUGGACACAGCAAGGAACCCCCAGAGCAAGAGGCACAAAAUGACACAUGUGAAAACAGUGAACAUAAAGAAAUGGAGGCCAGUGAGGCUCCCUGGGUUGGUAAAACGUGCAAGUGUCCGCGUUGCGUGCUGCCAUUCUGGGAACUGCUGCGGGCAUGGGAGCCCCUGCCAGUGAAGCCGCCGACCGUGAUGGACACUUACGUGGGUAACCUGUUGGCGGAGGGCACUGUGCUCAAGACGGAGACCAAGAUGCUCGAGAAAGACCGAAAGAGCUGUGUCUCCCAGCUGGCUGCCCUGAAUGCUGAAACGGCAUUCAUGGAGCAGGAGAUGGACCGCGUUGAGGCCUCGUGGGCCAGUGACGUGAUGGAGGAAGGGCAAGGAGAGCUGAGUCUCGAGCUCGGAGGAACGGAAGAGGAAGGUUACGGUUCCAGGAAUGAAGAGGAAUGGAUGGAACUUUUGGAUCAUUACACUGAAGAGGAGGAAAAGACCUGCGAAGAAUACUUGACUCCGGAUGAAGGAGAUGUAAACUGGCAAGUGAAAGAGUAUGAGGAGGAAGGAGUGGAAGAGCAGGCGGCGGAGAACAGCGAGGAAUGGAGAAGGCAUGGGGCAAACCCCAGCAUGCUGCGCGCGCUCUCGCUGUUGCACAACGCCACCCGCUGAAGCGCCAAUGGAAAACAAAAUAGAAAAGAAGAAAAUUAAAAGAAGUGAAAAAAAAAUCUGUAAUUUUAGAGUAGAAAGUAAAAGAGAAGCACCAUGAAAUAGGAGAUAGGAAAAUUGAAAACAAUGAAAAAAUAAAGAAGCUCCAAAAUAUGAGUUUAGAAUAGAAAAUAGAAGAAAAUAAAAAUAUAAAUAACAAAAUAGAAAACAAGAAAAUAAUACAAAUAAGAAAAUACAAAAAAAAAAAAAGUUCUAGAAAAAAAAAGUUAAGUAACGUGUGCACAGUUCUGCCCAUAGGUUGGUACGAAGUGUGCAGGUUAGCCAACGUACAGGAAUUAACGUACACAAGAAUCACUGACGCGUCAGUUUAUCAAAACUUUAUGUAACUCAUAUCCGUCUACUUCAUCUCACAAUUCUGAUUCUCAUAUGUUGUUACCUUGUGUUUACUUCAUCGUAACCUCAGUCUCUUCGUUAAUCUGCAUGUACAUAAGUAUGUACACGCUUUACCACUACAUAUUUUUCCCAUGCUUAUUCGAAAUUUAAUAUCAUAUUUCACCUCAAUAACUCACAUUGUAAAUACAUACAACUUGUAAUCUCAUAAAUUUCGAAUAAC